AUGACCGAGGCCAACCGAGGAGCGGUAAAUGCGACGGAGCAGCAGGAUGUCGUGCAUCAAGAUCCGGCGUUGCAACCCGAACAUCAACAUCAGCACGCACACCACCAUCACACGGCCUUCGCCGAGGCCGGCCGAGAGAACGAGGUGGUCUACUCGAAAGAUGCAAACUUUGAGAAGUCCAUCGUGCCAGAACCAUCGCCCCUCGACCAUGGCAGUCGAAGUCUAAACAGCUCGGCAGAGAAGGACGCCGAGGCUGGAGAGACCAGCCCGGCCCCCCGUCCUUUCUACAAGCGCGUGCUGAAGCAAUGGAGACAUGCGAUGCAUGCUGCAAUUUGGAUUCUCUUCACCGGCUGGUGGAUUACCGGUCUCGUCAAGCAUCGUGACCUGGGCUGGCUGAUCCCGUUCCUGUUGUAUCUGGCCAUCACCCUGCGCUUGAUCUUCUUCUACAUUCCCAUCAGCAUCUUCACACGGCCUGUGUACUGGCUCUGGAAUAGAACGGCCACGCCAGUGGUCGCGUUCAUCCCGGAGAAGUUCCGCACCCUGGCCGGAGCUACCGUGACCCUUGCCGUCAUUCUGAUCGGUUCCUUUGUCUCGCCCGAGUCCGAGGGUAACACCCGCGCCAAUCGUGCCGUGAGCCUGUUCGGUCUCUUGGUCUUCCUGUUCGUGUUGUGGGCGACGUCGCGCAAUCGCAAGAAGAUCAUCUGGCACACCGUCAUUGUCGGAAUGUUGGUGCAGUUUAUCAUUGCACUCUUCGUGCUCCGCACCAAGGCCGGAUACGACAUCUUCAACUUCAUUUCCCUGCUGGCGCGCGAGCUGCUGGGCUUUGCCACAAGUGGUGUCAAGUUCCUCACCGCCGACAACUUUGUUGAAAUGCAACAGCCCAUCAAGCCAGGAGUGUGGUUCCUGAUCAGUGUGAUCCCUGCCAUCAUCUUCUUCGUCUCGAUUGUGCAGCUGCUCUACUACUCCAGUGUCCUGCAGUGGUUUAUCUCCAAGUUUGCCGUCUUCUUCUUCUGGUGCAUGCGCGUGUCCGGUGCCGAGGCCGUCGUCGCUGCCGCCUCGCCUUUCAUCGGACAGGGCGAGUCGGCUAUGCUGAUCCGCCCAUUCAUUGCCCAUCUUACCAUGGCCGAACUGCACCAGGUCAUGUGCUCCGGCUUCGCUACCAUCGCCGGUAGUGUGCUGAUUGCGUACAUCACCAUGGGUGUCAACCCUCAGGCCCUGGUAUCCUCCUGUGUGAUGAGUAUCCCCGCCUCGCUCGCAUGCUCCAAGUUGCGAUGGCCCGAGGAGGAGGAGAGUCUCACGGCUGGUCGUGUCGUGGUGCCGGACAAUGACGAGCACCGCGCCACCAAUGCUCUGCACGCCUUUGCCAACGGCGCUUGGCUCGGUCUCAAGAUCGCUGCCAUGAUUGGCUCGACCCUGCUCUGUAUCAUUUCUCUCAUCGCCCUGGUCAACGGUCUGCUCACAUGGUGGGGUCACUUCCUCGGAAUCAACGAUCCUGAGCUGACCCUCGAGCUUAUUCUGGGCUACCUCUGCUACCCCAUCGCCUUCUUGCUGGGUGUUUCCCGCGACGGCGAUCUUCUCAAGGUCGGCCAACUGAUUGGACUCAAGCUGGUCUCGAACGAGUUCGUUGCCUACAACGCCCUCCAAAACACCGCCGAGUAUGCCGAUCUAUCUGAUCGCUCCCGUCUGAUCGCCACCUACGCGCUCUGCGGUUUCGCCAACAUCGGCUCUCUGGGUAACCAGAUCGGUGUCCUAUCUCAAAUCUCGCCCGGCCGCAGUGGCGAUGUCUCCCGUGUUGCCGUCAGUGCCAUGCUGACGGGUGCCAUCAGUACCUUUACCAGUGCCACUAUUGCCGGUCUGCUCAUCACGAAUGAGAAGCAGUACUUCUCUACCUCAUAA